AUGCAAAUUGGAAAUGAAAUAAAGUUUAGUUGUAAUGGAUUUACUUCUGCAGAUGCAAAUUCGUUUCACCAAACAUCAAAGUGGAUUGAUGAUGUACGUACUGAACGAGGAAGUGAUGUAAUCAUUAUGCUCGUGGGGAACAAAACUGAUCUGGCAGACAAACGGCAAGUGUCUACUGAGGAAGGUGAGCGUAAAGCGAAGGAAUUGAAUGUUAUGUUUAUUGAGACAUCGGCUAAAGCUGGAUAUAAUGUGAAGCAGCUUUUCCGACGUAUUGCUGGAGCGUUGCCAGGCAUUGAAGCCGAUCAAAGAGAUAAACAUGACAUGCAGGAAGUGAAGUUAAGCGAUGCGCCUAUUCGACAGGUUCAAAUGCAAGAAAGCGGUUGUUGGUGUUAA